AUGAAAGUUCUUACUAAGGAAGAAGAAGAAGAGCAUUAUCGUGCCACGGUUAAGGGUGGUUUAAAAGGUGCCGUGAUCGGCUUAGGUGUUUCUUUGGGACUUUCUCUUGUUGCCCAACGUUACUCUCCCUUUUAUCAAAAAUUAACAUUACCGCUCAAAGCCUUCCUGGUUUCUUACGAACGAGCUAGCUUAAAUUAUGAGAGAAAAAAAUAUGGCUAUUAUCAGCCUGUUAAAGAAUUACAUCAGAAACUUCCAACCACUCAGGUAGUUAAAGAUUUCAUUAGUGAAAAUCGAUAUGGUAUUGUUUGUGGAAGUUGGGCUUUAUGUAUGGCCGGAUCCCUCGCUUAUACUUACAGGAAUAAGUACUUGACCUUUCCCCAGAAGCUAGUUCAAGCACGUAUGUACGCACAAGCUUUGACCAUCAUUAUGGUCCUUGCGACAGCUGGUUUAUCUAUGUCUCCAAAACAACCCAAGAUACCCGUAGGAUCCGAUUUAUGGAGAGAAAUGGUUGAUGCUGAAGAAAUAAAAAUGAAACAUAUACAAGAAAUCAAAGAUCAUAAAUAA